AUGCAAGAAUAAGGUAUGUGUUGUGAUGGAACUAGGUUUUUUGUAGGUAAUACACUUAAAGCACCAUAGGUGAUAUUUCGCAAGACUGUAUCAAUUGAUGUUUGUAUGAUUUAUGUUCUAAUAAGCAGAAAGUCCAGAAUAGAAAGAACAAUACUUCAAAGAAUCUAAAUUAACAGUGUCAUUUUCUUCUCCUCCGAACUCAGGAUGUGAGAAUUGUAUUCCUGAUGAGGAAGUAAUAUCAUAUUACAUUCCAGAAGAUAAUCAGUCUUAUACAAGCUACAAACAGGUUCGUUUCUCUGAACCAACAGAUAAGUAUUAAAGUAAAGGUAUACAAGUAGAACUGCAAAUAUUACCUAAUAAAAAUACAGGAGACAACGUUCCAUCCCAAUACCUGAAAAAGUGUAGGAGGAUUUAAUUGGAGAGACUUCAUAACUUUCUCCUAAUUUGAAGGGCCAAAUGGAUUUGUAAGAUAGAUAAUAGGGAUAUUAGACAACAAAUGUAUAUCAAGAAAUAGAAAACCAAUUUAAUUUCAAUGCGUUAUCUCUAUAAAAUAGUUUUUGUUGCAAAACAAUUUCAUCUUAUGAAUAAUUGGAUUAAGUAAAUCAAAUGGCAGAUGAAUUAGUAAAUAUUGUUAAGAAUUAUUUAAAUGAUAUACCAUAUAAUUGUUGUAAUGAAAAACAUUUUACUUUUGAUGAACAAGAAGAUGAAUAUAGAAAUAGAUUUAUUUUAUAACAAAAAGUCUUAAAAGUAUGUGUUAUGUUAAAUGUAGAAAGCAUUGGAACAUUUAAAUUUCAAAAUGAAUCUAACUUUAUGUUCUCCUAUUUCAAGAAUAUCAGCAACAUCUCCUCAUUUUGAAGAUUUGCAUAUUAAUGUAAAAGACUUAUAAAAUAAAAUUGAAGAAAUAACUGAUUAGAAUGAUCUUCUUAAAGAUAAAUUAGAGAUAUAAGAAUCUAAAUUAUUAGAUUAAUAUGAUUAAAUAAAAUAAUUACGUAUAAAAAUACUAGAAUUAGAAUUAGAAAAUAGUAGUAUAAAAGAUGAAUAUGAUAAAUAAUAAAAGAGUACUAAAAAUUUAAAUGAAUAAAUAAAUUAAUAAAGAAAUUAAUUAGAGGAAUAUGUUAAAACUUUAUAAUGUUAAUAAUUGAAAAUAUAAUAAUUAGAAUAAAUAGUAGAAAAAUAAUAAAAGAUUAACAAAUAAACAAAUUAAACUUUAAAUAUUAAUUUGAAUUAAUUUAAUAAACCUGGAAGAAGACAUACCAAUUCGUUCCAUGAAGUAUGUUCCUCACCAAAUGGUAAUAAAUUAGUAAUUGUAAACAGCAGUACUAAUAGUUCUUAAUAAUCUCCUAAAAAUCUAUAAUUAUCCAAUAAUCAUAAAAUCUAACUUUUAGAUGACACAACUUAUUUUGGAUCUAUAUUAAAUGAUAAGAAAUAAGGAUAUGGUAAUCUUAGAAAAGGAGAUAAGAAAUUAUAUAUGGGUAAUAAUGAAAUUAUUAAAUUUAGGAUUUUGGAAAGAUGAUAAUUAUAAUGGGUUUGGACAUUUAAAUAAUGAAAAUAUUGAAGAAGGUAUGAUAGAUGUGAAUAAUCUUGAUAAAAUUGGAAAUAAGUGGAUUAAUUAUUAAGGAGAAUUUUAGGAUGGAUUAUUUCAUGGAUAUGGAAUAUGGACAUUUAGUGAUAAUUCUAGAUUUCAUGGUAUGUUUCAAUUAGGAAAAGCAAAUGGAAGAGGGUAAAUGUAUAUAUUUUUCAAUUAGUACUUAUUAUACAAAUCUUAAUACUAUCACAGGAAUUUGGAAAUUAAAUAUUAAAAUUUGA